AUGAUCCCUACUGAACGCGCAUCUCUUCCGAGAUGGCCGAAGGGAUUGACACCUUGCAAUCCCUGUACUCGCGUUCGGGAAGGUCGUUUUCCGACGGCCCUUCUUCAAACGCAGCGGGUGGGUCUCGUCGUACUGCUCGAUGAGACCAAGGACAUCAACAAUCAGCUGGGCACGAGGCUCCCAGCUAUCUCACGCCGGUGGAUAGCCAUACUAGAGGACGGGGGUAACUCGUCCGGACGCCAUUCACAUCGCGGUGGUUCAAAAUGCGAUUUACUAGGAAGCGUUGACCACCGCUUGAGUCCACCAAAGGAUGUGGUGGAGGUGGGAACACCUGAUCCAGCUCGAGGGUCGGAUCAAUUUGAACUUUAUGUUCAAGAGCUGAACCGUCUCACGGAACAGUUGCAAGAUGACCUGGCUCAUGAACGGUCUCGGCGUUAUGGGCUUGAGGAUCUUGUAAGGGAUAAUUACAAUUCCCUAACGCACGAUCGUUCGGACGAUCGUGCCGCUUUUUCGUUUGCGCAACUUGAGAACGGACGUUCGACUCUUUUCUUCGUGAAGAGCUGGCUGUAG